GAUUAGUGAUGAAGAAGAGGGCAGUCAAGAAAAACGCGAAGUAAAGGCAGUGGGCUACUUUCUAAAACCUUUGAAGAAGGAAUGGAAAAAUCGUACACGGGUUCUCGUAUUUUGUUCCCGAGGAACGAGCUAUCGCGACCGCCAUCUCAUGAACGAUUUGAGAUUCAUGAUGCCACACUCCAAGAGCGAUUCCAAGUUUAAUAAAAAGCAGAAUAUUUCGGCCAUUAAAGAGAUUUGUGAACUGAAAAAUUGUGACAAAUGCAUCUACUUUGAGUGCCGGAAAAAGAAGGACUUGUAUAUGUGGCUGUCGUCUCUUCCUGAUGGUCCUUCCGUUAAGUUCCUUGUUCAUAACGUGCACACGAUGUUGGAGCUGAAGCUUUCCGGCAAUUGCUUGAAGGGAUCAAGGCCUUUGUUGUCGUUUGAUAAAAGCUUUGACGAACUGCCGUACCUUUCCUUGAUAAAGGAGCUGUUGAUCCAAAUCUUCUCCACGCCAAAUUGCCAUCCUCGAAGUCAACCUUUCAUUGACCACACGUUCUGCUUUUCAUUUCAUGACGGCGUCAUUUGGUUCAGGAACUAUCAGAUUGUGAACGAAGACGAUGGAACUCUCGAGGAAAUAGGUCCUCGAAUGGUGCUUGAAGUGAUUCGCAUUUACAGCGGAACUUUCGGGGGCCCUGUUUUGUACAGCAACUCGGAGUAUCAAAGUCCGAAUUUGCUACGACGGCUUCAAAAGCUAUCCAGCGCAAAUAAAUUUGAAGAAAACGUGGGCCGUAAGAUCGCUCAUGAAUUGCGCGUCGAAGAAACGCCUGUCUCUUAUCCGAUCGAUAGCAGGGAAGAGGUAUUCACCGAAGAGCCAGAGGAGCAUGUUGAGUCGAAGAAGAGCAAGCAGAAACUGUUAUCGUUGAAGAAACGAAUCGAAAAAUUUCCUCGGCGUGUACGUGCAAAGAAAAAUAAAUAAAU